GGCACAGCAGCAGCAACAGCAGCAGAGCAGGCAAAGUAUCGCUAUAGCGUGCGGAGAGACAAAAAACGCUAAAUCGUCUACUUUCGCUCUCGGUCGCUCUAUGCCGAAAAACCGAAAAACUCUCAGGGUAUACAUGUUCUGUGUUGUGUAUUCUUCGUUGCAGUAUUAUUGAAUUGUCGACGUGAAUAGAGAUCGUGUUAGGUAAGGUUGUGGUGCAGUGUUUAGUGUGUUGGUUUUGUUUUUGGGGUGCACAGUGAUGUCAGAUAUUGUUAGCGACGACGAAGGAAUUUCUGGACAAAGCAUGGAUGGGGGUGGUGCUACUGAUUUCGAUUUAUCCGGUAAUGACGGUCAACAUGGUCAACAGUCCGAGCAGGAGUUGGCUACCAAGAUGCUUCAAAUCCAAUCAAAACGCUUUUAUUUAGAUGUGAAGCAAAACCGUCGUGGGCGAUUUAUCAAAGUAGCAGAGAUCGGUGCCGAUGGACGACGCAGUCAAAUAUUUUUAGCAUUAUCAACUGCUGCCGAAUUUCGUGAUCAUUUAUCGACAUUCAGUGAUUAUUACUCGUCUUUGGGCCCUCCAAAUCCAGAAAACGUCCCGGAAGAUGGUAAAUUAAAAUCAGAGAUGAUGAUUAAGGACAAUCGCCGUUAUUAUUUAGAUCUGAAAGAAAAUACACGGGGACGAUUCUUACGAGUAUCUCAAACCAUAACACGUGGCGGGCCACGAUCACAAAUCGCUAUUCCAGCUCAAGGUAUGAUUGAGUUUCGAGAUGCGUUAACCGAUUUAUUAGAAGAAUUCGGAACCAAUGAUGGCGGAUUCAAAGGUGAACUUCCUGAAGGCCGACACAUGAAGGUACAAAACAAAAACUUUUACUUUGAUAUCGGACAAAACAAUAGAGGCAUAUACAUGCGAAUCAGCGAGGUAAAAAGCAAUUUUCGUACUGCAAUAACGGUGCCGGAAAAUUGUUGGAGCCGAUUUCGAGACAUUCUAUCCGACUAUUGCGACAAGAUGAAAAAGUCGUCUGACAUCGCUGCUAUCACUGCCGAUAAUACACUACAAACAACCUCAUCGAACAGUAAUUAAAACAUUGCCUGAACAACACAACAAAUAAACAACAACAGCAACAGAAAAUACCGAGAAACUAUGUAAAGCAGCUACAGCAACGGCCGAUUCAAACAAAAUAAAAGCAGCAAAAUCUACGAGCAACAGCAAAAGUUACAACAGCAACAUCAACAACAACAGCAAGAAAAAAAAAUCUAUAAUGAUAACAAACAAACAGAAAAAUACUGCAAAUUUCAAGCAAAAAUAAACUCAACCAGCAACCGAGAAAUAUCUAACAAUUGAAAAAAACAAAUGAAGAGAAAAAAGUGGGAUUAGAUUUAGUACGGUAUACUGAAGAGAGAGAAAGAGAGAGAGAGAAAGAGAGAUAGAGAGCGGGAGAGGAAAGCCAAGAAGUAAAAAAAAAUGAAGUUGGAUAAAAAAAACCGGAAAGUAACCGAUUCAUGUAACAAAUUGUUUUAAAUUAAUUAGUAAUGAAGAGAAAAAAAUAUAUAUAUUAUUAUAUAAAAAAAAAUCUAUGUAUUCAAAGAAGAUAGAAUUUAUGUAGCAAGAUAGAACAGAAAAUGACAAAAAAAAAACAAUUAACACACAAACACAAACACAGAUUUAUUGAGAUGGAAGCAGAAUACACAAAAACACAAAACGCUGGCAAACAAAAAAUAAAUAAAAAUGCAUUGGCACUCAAUCAACUCAUCAUCCAAAAACGGAAGAAUAUUCAAGUUAAAAAUCGACUCAUUUCAAUAAAGACGAACACGUACAGAAAAAAUUCACUAAAAACAAACGAAAUUAAUGAAACAGCUAGAGCCACUCUGACAAGUGUGUGUCAGUGAAUGAAUAGGCAAAGCUAGUGGAUUGAUGAUGAUGAGAGCGAACGAGCAACAGAAUGGUGAUUUCCAACUACAAACAGCAACAACAAACUGAAAAAAAAACCACUUAAACUAAUUUCAAGAUCAAAGCAUAUGUGAAAUAGGCAUUCAAACAAACGAAAAGAAAGAAUCCACAGCAAAAUUGAACACGAAAGAGAUAUUACGUUGAUGAAAGGCGGGAAUGAAACAAAAACAAAAAGAAAAGAAGAGAAAAGAAAUGGAACAGAAGAUGUGUCACCCCCUAAUUGGUUCUUUUCACAUACGUGACACAUUUUGCGACAAAUGCAUAUUAAAGGAAUAGAACCGAGAGAAUAGAGCGAAUAAAACACAAGAUUUAGCACACACGUCAAUUUAGGAUAUAUUUAUUGCAAAUUACAUUGAAAAUGGAAACGAAACGCAAACGAGAGCGAGGUGCAAAGCAGCCACCGAGUGUGCUAUGUGCUACAAAGUUGAUGGUUAUAGGGAGUUAUUAUAAUUUUUUGUUUCUAUUUUAUUUUCGUUUUUUCUAGUUGUGCAACACAACAAACACCACAUACAAAACACAGAAAAAAUAGAAGCAAGCAAGCAAGAAGUGAUACAAGAAUGUUAGAAAUUGUGAAAAGAAAAGAAGACACAAAAAUUUCGUUUGUUUUCGUUUUUAAGUGGACGGAGGAGGCGUUUUUGUAUUCACGUGUGCUCUCAUGAAUGGUGGCGGUGUGUUGGUGAUUGUGUUAAAGCAAAACGCAGCCACCGCGCAAUUUGUGCACGUGAAUUCAAAGUUCGCACAGAGAAAUUUUGUGUCGUGUGAUUUAACAAAGAAUAACAAACAAAAAAAAUAAAUUGAAAGAGAGAAAAAUAUAUUCACUGUUGAUUAAAUAUGAAAAAUGCAUAUAUUUACAUAAAAAAAAAACACAUGUUGAGCCUCCAUUCCAACAAAAUCGAGAUUCAAAUGGGCCCAUAGAAUUGUUGUCGGCACAUUUUUUGUCCAAAAAAUACAAAUAAAAAACAAAAAUCAAAGAAGAUAUUUUAAAACAGAUUUAUUUUCGUUAGUUGAAUGUAAGACUGCGAUUAUUAGAAAUGAUGCAAAGUUUCCGUUCAAAACACACACACACACAUACAUAAAAAAAACAAAAAAAAUCGCAUUUGUUGAUUGAUCGCAAUUCGAGGCCUGUGAAUAAUCUUAGAUUCCAACAAAUACACACACACACACACAUUAACAAAAUUUUGUGAACUGGACUAGUGUUCCAAAUCAUUAAGCAAGAAAAUAAAUAUAUAUUUAUGUAUAGAACGAAAGAGAGUGAGUGAUUUGAUAGAGAAGAAGAGAGCGAGAGAAUGAGAGAGAAAGAAUAUAAGAGUGUUGGGAUAGGCAAGUGUUGUGAAAGGAGAACGUUAAAGAAAUGCCGAAGAGUCAAAUGCAAAGUGUUGAUUGAAGAAAAAAAGGUGAAGAAGAUGAAAUAUACGUGGAUAUUGUUUGAAUGUGUGCAAAGUUUUCUGAGUGCAAGGAGAGUGAUUUGCAUUGCAUGAAAGCGAUUUGCGUUGAAUGACAAGUUACAAAGAGAUAACACGGUUUUUACAGAUGAUCCAAUCCAUAAAAUAACCCAAAUUGAUCCAAAAUCGAUGCAAAAUCGAUCCAAAGCUACCCAAUUCAAUUCCGACUCAAUCAAAUUCAACCUCCCAAAGCAAUCCAUUCAGCUACAAAUAGAUGCAAUUCAAAGAGCAAACCGAUCCAAUAUUUCACUCAAGUCCUAUCUUCCCCACAAAAUCAGCCUUCCUUUCCAAAUUCUCAAUUAAAGCCAUACUGAGAUAAUUUUUUUUCCCCGUUAAGCAUUCAAAAUAUAUAGAGGAAAUUAAGAAUAAAACGAAAUAAAAAAAAAUGCCCACACAACACACACCUCUUCAUAAACAACAAACAAACAAACAAAAACCAACAAAGAGAACAUAAUGUUUGCUUUAUAAUUUUUGAUUGAAAUUUAAAAUAUAUUAUAUGAAACUAUAUAGAUAUAUGAAGAAUUAUAUUUGACAAGAGAUGUGUUUGAACAAACUAGCUUGACGAAAAAUAAAAUAAAAAACAUAACAUAAAAAAAAAAUCCUCAGAAAAAAAAAUCUAAAUAAUAAAUACAAAAAAAAAAUGUUUAAUGAGAAUCUAACACUCACACACACUCACACACCAACAACAACAACAGAAAUUUAAUAAUAAUAAUAACAACAGAACAUUUAAGAGUAGAAAAGCUUCUUGCAACCGAGAAACUUGAAAUCAAUUAAAAAAUAACAGAAAAAAACCAAGUAAAAAUAAAUCUUUGAACAAAAAAAGAAGUAACAGUCUAGGCAAAGUAAAAAAAAAAUGAAGAAAAUACUUUAAAAAAAUAGUGCCAGAUCCGAAUUAGAUAUUUUCAUGCAAAACUACAAUUUCAUCAAGAAAACAAUAAUUGAUUUAUUGAUUUAAAGAAAACGUGUUGUUGACAUUUAGACGGCAAAACAAAACCUGCAAUGAUCGUUCUAACAUAGUAACAUAUUGAACUAUUUACCGAAUAUAUUCCAAACAAAAAAAAAAAACGUUGACAGCUGUAGAUUGUGAUUAGCUGCACCAAAAUUCAAUCAUUUACUGACUCCCACCCUCCCUUACUCCCUUCGCGCUCCCCCUUCUGGCCGCUACUUGCGUCGCACGUAAGCGCAACCCACGCGCGCCUCUUCGUGCGCCAUCGAAACGGCACACACAUAGAGUGCAAUCUCAUGUGUUUUUCAAAACAAAACGAUGCAAAUUCAUAACAUCCACACACACACACACACUACGCAAACGUGAACAUCAAAUUACAAACAGCCUGAGAACAUUAGUUCAGGUUUCAAAAUACAACAACAACUAUAAUUAAAAACAAAAUGAAGAGUAAAAAAUUACAAAACAAGAAAAAGAUAUAAAAGAAAAAAUCAAAAAAAAAAAAAUUAAGAGAGUUACUGUGGUUACUUUUAGAUCUUAUGUGUUUUCAUUUUUGUGAUAACUGUUUUUUGCUUUAUGCUGGUCUUUAUUAUAUUUUUUAGAAGAAGAAUUAAAAAAAAAAAACAAAAUGGACAAAUGUGAAAUGGGAAAUGACGAGAUAGUGAAAGAGAAGAUAGAGAAAUGUGAAGAAGGAGAAGAGAAGAGAAGAGAAGAAAAAGAAAUAAACAAAAUAAUACACACUCACAUACACACACAAAGUGACAUACCAAUUUUGUGAAUAAAUUGAUUUUAAAUCAACCAACACACACACACACAAACACAUAAAGUGAAAAUAAAUGCAUAAAAAAAAAUAAUUAAAAAUGAAUGAGAUGAAUUACACCUAGUGUAAAACAAUGAUUCCAAUUUUGCAGCUCUGCAAAGCGGCUGGCUAUAAAACAAACAACAAAACAAACAACAAAACAAACAACAAAACUUUUCAAACAACAGAGAAGAAGCAUUCAUAAGAAACGAUGAUUUCGUCUUUUUCUUCUGUUUUUAAUUUUUUUUUUAUAAUUUUUUUCUUCUUCUUCGUUUUUUUUAAUCAAUUUUCUUUUUAUUUUACACACAGUGAUAUAUAAAUUUUCCUAAAGAAACGAAAAAAAAAAAUAAAUUCAAAUAAAUAAAAGAAAAAAAAAGAAGAAAUCAAGAUCAGAUUUUCGUUUUUCGUUUUUUUUUUCUCUCUUUUUUGUCAUUAUUAUUAUUAUUAUUAUUAUUUUGUGGUUAAAUAAGCGUACAUAGGAACAAAAUAAAAUAAAUAUGUAAACGAUAUGUAAGACGUAUCGGAAAAUUCGACAAAAUCGAUCCAUUCAUUCGAUUAAAAAAAAAACAAACAAACAAUGUUUUAAAUAAAGAAUUUCGUUUUUCUAUUAAUUCAAUUCAAUGUAAAUCUCAUUCAAAAUUUAAAUUAAACAACAAACAACAAAUGAACAAAAUAAAAGCAAAAAAAAAUUAACAAAAAAAUCAACUACACACAAUUAAGAACGUCUCUGCGAUUUUCUUAGCCUCGAUGACAAAAACUAAAAACAAAAAACAAAAACCUCUAUAUAUAGACGUUAAGGAAAACGUGUUAGAUUUUCUUUCUUCUUCGAAACAACUACAAAAAAAAAAUUACAAAACAAAAAUAAAUGAAAAAAAGUAAAAAAAAAAUUAGCCGAAAUUGUCAUAAUCACUUCUCAUUCAAACCAACACUCACACACAAUCGAUUUUUCCGAACUCUCCGAUUAUCAGCCCCACACACUGCUGUGAGACAGUGCUAUAUGGUUUCUUUGGAUACAUUGUCCAUUUGCAAUAUUUUAGCCCAAGAUUUCUCACACUCAAGAUUAUUUACCCAGAUUGAUACUGACCUUUUACCAAGUUAUCUUGCGUUUUACGUGAAACGCGUCGCACCUGACAACUGAAUUUUCCGACACCAUUUAUUGCAUGAAACAAGCAUGCCACAGCCAGUGGCCCACAGCUUGACCCAGAACUUGAACAAAUUCCAGGCAAAACUGAGAAACCAAACAAAACCAGAGAUCUCUGGGCAACUAGAACUGUUGUUGUCUAGAACUGUACGUUCUGGAACAUAUGAAAUUCAUUAUCUUUCCAAAAAAAAACGAGCGGCGGUUUGACGACGAUCGAACAAAGGCGAAGUAUUUCAAAACAAAAGGUAUGUGUUUUUGCGUUUUUGCAUUUUCAAGCUUAGGCGAACUUAUGAAAAGAGAGCCGACAGAGAUUUCAAUUGAUCGGAUUGACGGCAUUCGUAUCCCAUUUGGUGAUGUAUUCUUUAUUUUGGUGUAAAAUUUUGAUGACCGAUGUAGUCACUUCCUUGAAGUGGCUGUCUGAACUUGCCUGCUCGAGCCGAGAGUGUCUGAGAGAAACAGAGAUACGGAGAGAGGGAGAGAGAGAAAGCCGGAAAAAGGAAGAAAGCCUAAGAAAGAGAGGGAGAAGGCAGGGAAUAAAGAGAAAGCCAGACAAAGGGGGGGAGAAAAUGAGAGAGAAAGAGGCAGAGAAUGCGGAAAGGAAAAAGAGACAGAGUUGAAAAAACAAGAAGGGGGAGCGAAAUUACCCGAGAAGGGGAGCAAAAAGGAAAAGAGCGAGCGAGAAAUUUUGAUUGGAUUUCGAAUCAUUUCCAAAAGUGAUAAACCUUUGCACACAGUGGCGAUAAAUAAACAAUAUAAUCAACACUUUUAGUUUCAACUACGCAAAAUUCGUGAAUAGCCAAUUCAUUUUAUAAAACAAACAAACGGUCUUUAAUUCAAAGCCGUUCCAAUACAAAGCGGUUCAACACAUUGAAUAACAUUCCAUUUAACAACUUUUUUAGUUCAUUUCAUCUUGUUUUAAAAUUUAAAAUCUACGCAAUUCGACGAUUUGACUCUGAUUUUCUUCGAACGUUAUGAAAGAAUAUUGCUCUUUAAUUAGCGAGACAAUAUUUCUAACCCGAAAAAAAGUAUUUUUUCAACGAGAAAAAAAAAUCGGCAAAAACAAAAUCAUUUAAAAAAAAUCAUUUAUAUAAAAAAACGAAGAAACG